AUGUCGAAUCGCGGUAACAAUUCGCGGUCUUCGCAUCCGGCAAUCAACCUGAUUGCCGGGGGUACCGCAGGACUAUUCGAAGCUUUAUGUUGUCAUCCGUUGGACACCAUCAAAGUGCGCAUGCAAAUCCAUUCCAGAAAGUCCAGCGGCGGCAAACCAGUGGGGUUUUUAGCCACAGGUCGGGAAAUUGCACAUAACGAAGGAUUACUGGCAUUUUACAAAGGUUUGGGCGCCGUUGUGAUCGGAAUCAUCCCAAAAAUGGCCAUUCGGUUCACGUCUUACGAGUUCUACCGCACUCUGCUGGCAGAUAAAGCCACCGGCGAAGUUUCUACGGGCAAUACUUUCAUUGCAGGUGUGGGAGCAGGCAUCACAGAAGCGGUUUUGGUAGUAAACCCUAUGGAAGUGGUCAAAAUUAGGCUACAGGCACAACACGUUCACUACGUGCCGCUGAUGGCGGAAGUGGCCGGAGCCACAGGCGCCGGUGGUGCCACCGGGCCAUCCACCGCCAGUUUUUCCAGCGUUGCAUACCAUUCGGGCCAUUCAGCAACUGCAAACGUAAAGGCAACAGCUCGGUACCGCAAUGCUGUUCAGGCAACCUACGUUAUAAUCAAGGAAGAAGGCCCGCGGGCUUUGUACCGUGGUGUGUCGUUGACAGCUGCACGGCAGGCAACAAACCAAGGUGCCAAUUUCACCGUAUAUUCCACGCUCAAACGGCGUUUACAACGGUACCACAACACUGAGAUGCUCCCGUCGUGGGAAACAUCGCUCAUUGGAUUGAUUUCCGGUGCUGUAGGUCCGUUUUCGAACGCACCGCUCGAUACCAUCAAAACUCGACUACAGAAGGACAAAUCUACUUCAAAAGCUUCCAGUUUCACUAGGAUUGCAAAUAUCACGCGUCAGUUGAUUCAAGAAGAAGGGUUUCGAGCGUUGUACAAAGGUAUCACACCGCGUGUGAUGCGGGUCGCUCCAGGACAAGCCGUGACAUUCACCGUGUACGAAUUGAUCCGGAAACAACUUGAAAGCAUGAGAGCAUGA